CUCGCACGCGCCCCGCUGUCAGCUCCAGCUCGAGAACGCAGGAGUUCACACAGGACGCUUCUGUUUUUAUGUGCUCGGAUUUUCACUCCAAAAUCAGCCUAACAAAGAUUUUCGGGUACCCUUAAACUCGUGAGGUAGUCGACUGUCGUCCUGUUUUAAUUAAAAUGUCGUGGUCGGAUGGAUGCGGGAGAUUAAGCGCAUUUUUUCUGGCCAUUUUACUCAGCUUUACCCUUCAAGGUGCAUACUGUGAACUAUUGGUCUCUCCUGUUGGCUCCACUGUGGUGAAUGCUUUGGCUGGCAACAAUGUGACUCUGGCUGUGUCCUUCAGUGGCGCCCCUGACCCAGCAGUUACCUGGUUUAUGGAAGAUUUACCUGUCAUCACAUGGACUAUUAACUCUGCUGCUCCCCCAGACGUAGCCGAAAACAGAAGAGAGGUGCUUAGAAUUGAGCCAAAUGGAUCCCUUACCUUAGUCAAUGUGCCUCUCGACUAUAGCAGCAACUACACCAUUGAAAUGACCAAGUCUGGACUGGGAAAAUCCUUUACUUCUUUCAAUCUGACAGUAUUUGAAAUAAUCCAGAAUGUGGUUCUGACCUCACGGCCUGCUUUUGCCAUAGAGGGAACUGAACUGUUCACCCUUCAAUACAGCAUGCUGCAAGGAGUGGUCGAGCAACAGUCGUGGUUCUUCAAUGGCACAGAGAUAAAAUCCAACUCACACUACUCUGUGGAGAAAAGCAGCGUUGUGAUCCUCAGGCCAAACCGAAGGGACGCAGGACAGUACACGGUGUCACUGACGAACCCUUUCAGCAGUGUGACAGCUCACAUAAACGUCACCGUGCUGUACGGACCAGACGAGCCCAUGCUUGAGGCCCGUCCAGCUCGAUCUUUCUACGUAUCAGGAGACUCUCUGAGCGUCUCCUGCCAGGCGGAGGGAUUCCCACAACCGACUGUAAAGUGGGUCUUUGGUGGUCAGACCCUUGAUUCCCGUGAAGGAGGGCUAAAUCUAACACAUGUACAGACCAGUCAAGGAGGCAUUUACACAUGCAUGCUGCUCAAUGAGGAGACUAACAAACAGAGUCAAAACAGCAUUCUUAUAAAUGUUUAUGAGAGGCCAUCAGGCAAACCGGUGUGCUCUGUGCGGUCGGUGAAUAAUGUCGACCUGCAGUACCACUGUCUGUGGUCGGGGGGAACUCCACUGGCCCAGCUUUCGUUCCCAGCACUGAGCAAUACCAGCAGUGGAGCAGGGAACUUCAGCCUGACGCUCACCGCCUUCGAUGAACUCAAUGAGAAAACUGUCACGUGCACUGCAUACCACCCAAUUGAAGAGAAUAACUGCAAUAUUACUGCAAGUAGUCCCGUGAAGUUCCUGCCGGCUGUGAGAAUCACAGUUGACUCUGAGGGCAAAAUAGUGGUCACUAUCCGCUGUGUCAGCGAGGCCUCGCCAAAGGCUGUGGUUUCAUGGUUCAAAGGCAGCGAGGCUGUCACCAGGAAGACAACAUACCAGAUCAGCAAUGACAACACACAGCUCCAGAUUCGGGAUUACAACGUCAGCAACUUAAUCUCCCAAAACUACACCUGUACAUGUCGCAACCCACUGGGCAGCCAGAGGAGGGAAAUUCACUUAAAAGGACCCAUGAUAACAGAUUUCAGUUUGUUCCCAAAUCCCGAUGGAACCAUCGUCACAUUGACUUGGGAGGUCCCGCCCACCUCUGUUGUUACAGGGUUUGACAUCCAAAUGAAAGGACCAGACCUCCUGAGCAAAAAUCGUAAUGGCACCAACACCAGAGGCAGCUCAGACAGAUUUCACAGCAUCCAGCAGAAGCCUGGCUCUGCCAGGAGUGCAGACAUCUUUGUCCUCGAUCCCCACCAGACAUACAGGUUUCGGGUCAUCCCCAAAGCUCUUAUGACUGAAGGAGAGCCAUCUGAAGUCCACAGAAUUGGUCCAGGUGACGGUCUGAGUGGAUCUGCCAUUGCUGGCAUCGCAGCAGGAAUCCCUUGCAGCCUUCUCUUUCUAGUCCUGCUGGGAAGCUUCAUCUACUUUUGUGUCUACUGGAACAAGAACAAAAGUCGGCAGACAAGAUAUCCAGCAUCCAGAGCUGUUGAGAAGGCGAUAACAACCCAAAUAGAAGCAACUCCCCAUAACCUGCUGACAGGAGGGCUGAAGUCUCUCCCCGAUUACAACAGAUUACAGCAGACUCCCUCUGAAAGAUCGGUGGCUCUCCCAACUUUUGUCCCUCCAGCGCCUGUCAGAGUUGCUACAACUGUCUAA